AUGUCGCUCACACAGGCCUGGCAGCAUGCACUGCACAGCUUGACGCGCCAUCACAAACAGCCAUCUGCCCGCACCUCUUGCUCUAUCCUGCUGCCAUCAUUACAUGCGUAUACUGUGCUGAUGCAGUAUCUCGAGCCAGUAGCGCCUUUGGACUGUCGCUUCUACAGUUUCGAGGCUGACUCCUUUAUCCUAGAUGCAGAAGCCAGCAACGCCCUUCAUGAACUUCACGCCAGCGACGUUUCAGUACCAUCAAGCUCCAAGACAAACCUAUCAUCACCCAGUCCGAGCCUAAUCGCUCUGUCUCACCAUUACAUUGACAGGUGUCUACAAAGGAUUCGCAAAGUUGCAUUGGAGUGUGGUGUCACUACUGCUCAUGAACAGGGAACAGGCUUUUCGACGCUAGGUGACGACUUACCCUGCACUCUCGUUACCAUAUCACACUGGUUUCGAGCUUGGCUAUCUCCUUACUCCGAAGGAUCGAUCUUUGAAAGCCUUUCGAGCGACCGAAAUCGACUUCUCAAGCCGCUUCAAGCAUAUGUGCGCUCUUGCUUCGAUGCACGAGCCGCAGAUGCGCUACGUUCACAUCUCGAACACCUGGUAAGCGAUCAGAACGACACGGACCUGCACGCAACAUUUGUCGCUCAUAUCAACACGGCAGGUCUGACACAGCCAGCACUGAUCUUGCUCACCCGAGUGGUGCAUCUCGAGAUCUCGCGCAAAGUCCGAGCGGUGAUCGGUGCAGAGGACGUGCGGCCACAAGACUCUGUGCUGCCGCUCGAUUAUGCUGCUCGUCGCGUGCUGCAACAAUGGCUCGACGACGAGGUCAAACCACGCUUUGCUGCUAUUCGUCAGAUGUGUCGUCAGCAACACGUCUCGUCUGUUUUGGAUGAAGAAAUGCCCGACGUAGACUCUGCAGAUCAAUCUACAUGGCAGACUCGGCUCGACUACCAGCUGGACAAAGCGCUCUGCCUCACGCGCGCUGCGCAGCUAUUCGACCUGGUCGCGUUAUACCCAGAGUCGUCAGCAGCGCUCGAUGACCUGCGGCUGAGCCUGAACAACGCAGAUCAAAGGCUUAGCGUUGCCAAGACACUCUCGCAAUCGUUGCACAUGCGACUGUUGCAUCCGGGCGCCCACACCCGCGAUAUCAUCCAGAUGUAUGUGCAUCUCGUUCGCUCUCUACGCGAGGUAGAUCCAACGGGCGUAGUGCUGUCGCGUGUCGUGUCGCCCCUCAGAAGGUAUCUGCGCGCAAGGAAGGAUACAGUGUUGGUGAUCGUAGCGUCAAUGUUGGGAGACGAUCCUGACUUCACCUUGCUCAAGGAUGAACUGGAGCGAGCGGAUCAGGAAGAGCAGCACCAGGAAAGCCAGUCUGAAAACAAGCGCAGACGUCGACCUCGACGGUCACUGCAGACCAGUACCGCUGCAGCUGCAACGCGCUCUGGAAACCCAAGUGGCAAACGUCGAUUCGCCAAUUCGCGACGCGCUGCCAACAGCUCGCACGCUUCAGACAGCGAUGCCUCUUCCGAAGAAGACUGGGACGACCCCGCUUGGGUACCCAAACCCGUGGAAGCAGGUAGCGGCUACCGCAUGUCAACGUCCAAAGACAUCGUCUCGAUGCUGACGAGCAUUUUUGACGAUCGAAGUGGGUUCAUUGCUGCUUUGGAAAAGAGCAUGGCCGACCAGCUGGUGCAAGUGAAAGGGUACAAAGCGAUGAGAGAGUAUCGCAACAAUAUGAUUCUCAAGAAGCGGUUUGGAGAGAAGAACAUGGGCAAGUGCGAUGUAAUGCUUGGCGAUGUCACUGAAUCUCGUCGAAUCGAUAGCGAGGUGCACCAACGACGACGACUGGCUGCGCCUGCUUCGACAUCUGCAGUGCAAGGUAUGGUUUCCAGGUUGCAUCCAUUGAUUAUUUCGCGUCAGUUUUGGCCGGAAAAUACGACCAAGCCUAACAGUGGUGUGCGUCAGACUGCAGCUAAUCCUGGAGGUGUGCAGAUGGGCACGCCUGCGCCGGUGACAGAGUUCACUCUCCCCCCUCUCUUCCUACAAGCGCAGGAGGAGUACAGCAAGACGUACCGACAGUCGAAAGCGAUGCGCAAGCUGCAUUGGCUCAACCACCUCGGAAGCGUCGAAUUGGACGUCCAACUCGACUCGGGCCAGACCAUCUCGGUCGAAUGCAGCUUGAUCCAAGCGUCGACACUAGAGGUGAUCUCGCGCUGCAAAACGCGUACCGCCUCGGCCGAAGACGCUUCGCCCACAACCGGCGCCAAUCUCGUCACACUCUCCGACGUCAUGGAACAACUCAACCUACAAAGAGAAAAAGACGCCAGGGACGCACUCGACUAUUGGGUCCGAGUCGGACUCCUCAAACAAGCCGGCGUAGCGGAUGCGUUUAUUGUUCAGUCUAGCUUGGCUGUUCCAGCUGAAGCACGUGACGACGAGCCGCUUUAG